AUGUAUGCAGUACUGCUUUCUGAACAUACUACACCCAACUAUCCUGAGACUGUGUCAUCUGAUUCAGUAGCUGAUUUGUUUUUAGAUUGUGCCAACUGUAAUAAAAAGUUCUUGACACUUAAAGAUUUGAUGAAGCAUCAGGAGAUGCAUGAAGCUCCAACAUUUGAGUGCAAACAUUGUACAGUAUGCUUUACUAGCGAAACUGAGCUUUUGUACCAUAUGGUUAAAGUACACAAAGAUGAGAACGAUAUUAUUAAUGAGGAUCGAUUGGGUUUUAAUGUAAAAGACAACAACAAUACUAGCAUGGUGAAGCACGAAUGCAGUAUCUGCAGAAAAUGUUUCACAAAGGGAUCCUCUUUGAAAUCACAUAUACGUUCUGCACAUACAGAUGAGAAACCGUUCAGUUGCUCUUAUUGCUUCAAAAGUUUUAAUCGCAAAAAUAUCCUCAAUAGACAUAUAAGAACACACACAAAAACUAGGCCUGCUCUACAUACUCAUAUAAAUAGCUCACAUGAGGAUAAUGUGGUUGAGACACUACUUUAUUGCUCCCAUUGCCAAGAUAUCUUCGGUAACGAAAAAUAUUUAUUGGACCAUACAGCAGCAAAACACAAAGGUGUCAAAGUUGAUUAUAAAUGCGACACAUGUGAAAAAGUAUUCUCUGAUUUAAAGGAGUAUAAAAUUGUUAAUAUAAGAAAUUUCGAUCGAUAA